UACUAUCUGCAUAUCUUCAGUAAACGUUCACACUUCGCGCCGCUCGGACACCACGCGCGACACGAUAUGUCUUCUAACCAGCAGCUAGAUAUCAGCGCUGCUGAUAAGAAGCUAAUCGUGCAAAAUUUCAUUCGUGACGCCACAACCGAUUUCAAAAUAAUCUCCACUGAAGCGUCCAAGUUUGGGGAGCAGCGAGCCGGCUAUUUGGGUGAUCAUUUUGAGUUGAAAUUUGCCGUGCUGGUGACCAAUGAGGACGUAACGGAUGGGGUUCUGGACAUUGCGCUGUUCGCCAAGGCGAUGCCAAAGGCGAUCCCCUCGCUGGCCAGAUAUUUGGAACAAACGGAGGCGUUCUCGAAGGAAGCUAAUCUGUACCGGGAGUUGAUACCGCGACUGCAGAAGUUGGGUCGGUUCGCUCCGGAGGUGCUGUUUUCGGCGGCGAACGGAGAGCUGAUAGUGUUUCGGAACCUGAAACUCGAAGGUUUUCGGCCCUUGCAGAAUAACGACGGUCUGUUCGAUUUGGUGCAUUUGGAACAGGCGUUGCGCGUUCUGGCCCGGAUGCAUGCGGCUUGCUGGGCGCUGGAAAGACAGACAGGCAAGUUGGUAACGGAAAUGCAUCCUGGGCUUUUGGACGAGAACUCGUGGGUAUUGAAGGAGGAUUUUCCGCGGGUGAACGAACUGGAGAACAACAUAGCGACGCUGUUGGCUUUGGUGAAGCAUUACGAAAAGGAUGACAAGCGAAGGAAUGAUCUGGUGGAGAAGAUUCCGAGCUGUGUUCGACAGAUUUAUGAGUUGGUGAAAACAUCCGGAGUCUACAGAAAUGUUUUUAGCCAUGCUGAUCUCUGGAACAAUAAUAUGAUGUUUCGGUAUUCAGAGCAUGGAAGUCCGAUCGAUUGUUUGUUGGUAGACUUCCAACUGUCACGGUAUGUUCCUCCGGCGUACGAUUUCAAUAUGUUGCUGAGUCUAACCAUGACAAGCGGAUAUCGUAGGAAGCAUUUGAGUUUUCUACAGGGGUAUUACUAUCAAUCGCUACGAAUGGAACUAACUCGACAUGGAAUAGCCAUCGAAGACAUUUUGACACAGGAAGACUUCCAAGAAUCGUGUCAUAUGUAUCGGAAGGCUGGUGCGAUAGACGGGUUCUUCAUCAAUCAUAUAACACUGCUGCCGAAGGAUGUGCUGGAUGAAGUAUUUUCGUCGGCGGAAAAGUAUGAAUCCUUUACAUCUGAGUCGAAAACCACCGAAUGUUUGAAGGCAUACGACGAGAGCCUGUGUUACAAGACUCGAAUGAUCGAUAUUAUAGAGAAUAUUGUGGACAUAUUUGGUCUGUAAUUGAAUAUUAAGUUGUCUUACCACUGAGAAAACAACAUGAUAUUAAGUAAAAGUGAUAAUCGAUUUUAAAUACAUAUAUAUUUAGGAACUUAUUUCAAUGCCGGGAAAGUUGUUGAAAGUUAACCAACAGAACGUUAGUUCUCACAAAUGCACGAACUUUCCUCGAAAAAAAUAUAUUUUUAAUCAGUUAAGUGAGAAGGCGUUACUUCUUCUCCCAUUUUUUUUUUGCUUGUUAUCGUAAAAUUUCCCUCUAGAUCUCUUUCUCCACAGUGCUACAGUAAAGUUUAAUCGUGUUGUGCAGCUCUGAUCGCCUCUGCGGAUAAUCUAACCGAUCCUCAAGACUAAUUGUCAUUGAAUUAGGCAAGUUUUUUUUUCCGUUAAGUGGGAAAUAAAUGUUUUGUUCAUAGCGAUUCUCUUAAUUUGAAAAAAAAAUGUAAUUUUUAGCAACUGGUUGCUUUGGAUAUACUGACAGAAAUCAUAUGUAUUAUUGAAAUAAAGGUAAAAAUAAAUGUUAACAUUUUGACCCUAGAGAUCUGAACAUCCUGAGAAGUGAGAAGUAGGAAAUGAGAAUUGAAGGUAUGAGAAAGUAAAGUGUGUAGUAAAUUCCCGACCAGUUGAUCAUAAAAAAAUAUAUCAUAAUAAUAUCAAUAUGUGUUACAAAUAACAAUAUCUGCAAUGACCCAAUCAUACAUUAUCUG